AUGAAGUCGAACAAGGCAACCAGUCCUGAUGACAUACCUGCUGAUGUCUGGAAGCUGCUAGGAGAUCGAGGGCCUAUACGACGGCUGUGCCAUACGAUGAAGGUUUUUGAGCGUGUCCUGGCGGCUCGUCUGAGGAAAAUUGUCAGCGUUUCACUCAACCAAUGCGGUUUUGUGAAGGACUGCAGCACUAUAGAUGCUAUCCAUGCUGUCCGUAUCCUUCUGGAGAAACGUCGAGAGAAGAACCGCAGUGUGCAUCUUGCUUUUCUCGAUCUCGAGAAAGCUUUCGACCGUGUCCCACAUCAGCUGUUAUGGAUGUCCAUGAGGUCGCAUAGAGUACCAGAGGAAUAUGUGCGGUGGGCAAAGCUGCAUUAUGCGAAGCCUACCAGUGUUGUCCGAUGUGCUGCUGGAACAAGCAGGCCAUUCCCUGUAUAUGUAGGGGUUCACCAGGGCGACAUUGAUCAAGAAGGUCGAGCACAUGUUAAUGCGGCAUGGAUGAAAUGGAAAAUGGCAACAGGCGUACUGUGCGACAAGAAAGUUCCUAUUCGACUGAAGUCGAAGAUCUACAGAACGGUUGUGCGUCUUGUUGCUCUUUACGAAUGCGAGUGCUGGCCGACGACGAAGGCCUUGGAAAGAGUUUUGCACGCCAUGGAGAUGCGGUGGCGAGAGGAAGAUUCUGUUGCCAAAACCGCACUGAAGCUCGACGUUUCAGGAGUGAGGCCGCGUGGGAGGCCAAAGAUUCGCUGGUUAGACUGUGUGAAGCUGGAUAUGAUAGAUGCGCGUUUAUGUGCGGCUGAUGCAAUGGAUAGAACCAAAUGGAAGACAAGAAGCAGAAAGGCGGACCCUGCAACAACGCGGGACAAACGCUGGGAAGAAGAAGAUUUGUUUGUUAAUUAUAUCUUGAGGAAUAGUGAGGUGCUCGACAGAGUAGAUUACAACUGCGUUUGA